AUGUCUUGGGUAAUCAAGAGAUCAAGAUUCCAAAAGGAUCUUAAUAAACUUCCAGAAAACUUGAGAAAAAGCAUGCGUAAGAAGCAAGAUGUUUCUCAAAUGCCAACAUUCAAGGAUUUCUUCCCAGACCCAAUUCCUAAAUCAAAGCAAAAAACUGCCAUAGAAGCAGGUAUCAUGGAAGGAGAUAUGGCUUAUGUUACCACUGGUCCAUACAAAGGUAAAAUUGCCGAAGUCUUAUCUUAUAAUCCAGAAUAUGACAGUGUUUCUUUAAGUAAUAUCACAUCUAAGAAAUUAAUUCCAAAGAUUUUCUGGCCUGAAGGUCACGAGUCCCAUGUUUUUGAUUUCCCAGAUUUCAUCCCAGUCAAAGAUGUUAAAUUAGUUGGGAAAGAUAGAGAUGAACAAGGUAAUAUUUCAUAUGUUGUUGCCGAAGAUAUUGUUUUGAAAGAGAAAUAUUAUGAUGAUAGAUUUAAAAAAUUCAUUCCAAGAAGAUAUGUAAAACAUCAUGAUAAAAUUGAAUUCCCAUGGCCAGAACCACAAUCAUUAGAAGAUGGUGAAUUAUCUACACCAGAACAUGUUGUAAUGGAAAGAACUUUUGAAUUUCUGUCUAUUGCCAAAACAGGUAUUCCUAAGGCAGCUUUAGCACAAUUACGUAAUCCAUAUUCUAAACACAAGAAGAGAACUUUAAGUGAAUACCAAGUUGCUAAAUUGAAAGGUCCUGAAAUGCCAUUAACUGUUGAACAAAAAAUCUGGCUUGCUAAGAAUCAACAAAAAGCACAAACUCAAAAACCAAAGUAUUAUCCAUUAUCAGAAGAAGUACAAGAAUUUAUUGGUGCUAAGAUGGCUGAACACAUGAACAAGAUUGAAAGUCCUGAAUUGCGUCUCCACUUGGAAACUUUGUCUCAAAGAAGAAACCCUGAUUUUGAAAAGACUUUGAAAAUUAUUGAAGAGACUAAACUUGCUGAAAGUCAACAACAAAAUCAAACCCAUAACUCCGAUAGUGCUGCUACCAGUAGUUGUGCAUGA